UCAUUUCCUCCAAGUAAGAGAUUUGGCUAAACUUCCUCCUUCCUGGUGAGAUUGUUUAACGAGGCUGAGACCGAGCGGACCGAGACGCAGAGCCUGGGCCAGGCGGAGCUCCCAGCCCACCCGGAGCCCAUGAGCGGCCCUGGGGUCUCUCUCCGGCUGCCGCCUCCAGAAGAGACACAGGGAACACUCAGCCCCUCCCUCCCAGAACCCCAAGGCUGGACGCGGCGCCAAGCAGCCGGGGCAGGAUCCAGGGUGCCGGCUAGACCUUCUCGCCUGCUCCACCCAAGCAGGGAAGUAGCAGCCUGAGCCGUCAGGGGAACACGGACCCUGAGCCACACUCUUCACCUGGACAGGAUGAGAGUGUCAGGCCUGCUCCGCCUCUCUGCCCUCCUCUUCACCUUGGUGGCCACGUGGCUCUUCCUCCGCAACUCCAUCGGCCUCAGCACGAAAACCAUCCGUCUGCCACGAUGGCUGGGUGUGGCCUCCAAGGAGAUCCAAGUCCCCAAGUCCAAGUGUGGUCUCAGCAAGCCCUGCCCAGCCAACUUCUUCGCCUUUAAAAUCUGCAGUGGGGCCGCCAACGUCGUGGGCCCCUCCAUGUGCUUUGAAAAUGAAAUCCUCAUGAGUCCUGUGAAGAACAACGUGGGCAGAGGCCUGAAUGUCGCCCUGGUGAACGGAACCACGGGACGGGUGAUGAGGAUGAGCUCCUUCGACAUGUACACGGGAGAUCCCAACCUCCUGCUGAAAUUCCUUGCAGAAAUCACAGAGGGCACCCUGGUGCUGGUGGCCUCCUACGACGACCCAGGCACCAAAAUUAACGAUGACAUCAGGAAGCUCUUCACCAACCUGGGCAGCUCCUACGCCAAGAACCUGGGCUUCCGGGACAGCUGGGUCUUCCUGGGAGCCAAAGACCUGAGGAGCAAGAGCCCUUUCGAGCAGUUUUUAAAGAACAAUCCAGAGACGAACAAGUACGAGGGCUGGCCGGAGCUGCUAGAACUGGAGGGCUGCGUGCCCCAGAAGAUAUUCUAGGUGGCCGGGCUCCUCCUGGCCCAGGGCCCUGAAGAGGCUCUGCCUGAGUGGGAGCUGCAGCCUGGGGCUGGGCUGGCCUGCAGGGGAGAAGGGACACCCGGACAGCGCUGGCCGCCCACGGGUGCUGUGACUGGCUUCCCUCUGUGGGAAUGAAAUUCUCCUGGUCCUUCUGGACCCAGCUGCCGGCAGAGAGGACAGAGGUGCCAGCGGUCUGCCUCCAGGAAGAACCAACAGCUCACGUUGGAGCAACAUUAAAUUUAUUUUCACUGAUUUAGGACAAACUUCCCUGCCCCUGGGUUGCCUACUCUCUCCCUGGAUUGAGCUGGUUCAAGCGCAGCUAACAGGGCUGUGGGCUGGGACAGGGGGUGACUGACAGCUCCAGGGGCACCAAGAGGCUGCAGGGGUGGAGCUCUGUGUCAGGGAUUCAUUUAGAGGUGAAAGAGUCCUUGGUACCUAGGUCUUGGGUAAGCUGGGCUGGGACUGAGAGAACCGGAGGAUGGGACACCAAGACUAUUGUCACGGCCUACUGCAUGCAGGAGAGCUGCGGGGAAGGCAGGGAAGAAGAGGACAGAGCUCAGACUGAAAAGAGUGGGGCACCUAGCAAGGGGCUGCUGGGCCCAGUGUGGGCUCCUGAGAAUGGUGAACCCGGGUGCAGGGGUGAAGUCAGAGUCUCCUGGCGGGCGGCCUCUAGGAAUCUACACAGAGCAUGAGCCUCAGAGGCGCCCGCUCCGGGGAGAAGGGGCAGGGGAGUUCACACACCAGCUCCCCCGGGCACCUAGUGAGGCUGAAUUAUGAAUUCCCAGGGAGCCCCAGCCAGAGGUGUCACCGGAUCCCAUUGAAUGGAGGCCCCGGGAGCCAGGACUCAGGGGUCCCCAAACAGUCCUAAAGUGGAAAGGCUAGUCCUCAGCCUCCGAGCAUGUCACAGGGAAGAAACCUCCAGCCUAAAGUGGAGUGCGCCCCAUUCCUGAGCUCUGGGGGCAGGCUGGACUUCCAGGGUGCCGUAGGAGUGAGGAAGAAAGGAAGUUGGGGUGUGGGGACCCCUGACAGGGCUGCAUCGCAGUGAGCUUAGGUCCACGGCCAGAACCUACUUUGGAACAUGCAUGGAUGUGAAAUCCAGGGAAAGACCCCAGCCUCCUCCUUUCACCCCCAAGUCCCUGGCCUCCCCAAACCCCCCGGAACAGCCUCAGGCCUGGAGGGGGCAGCCUCCAGAAACUCCCCGAAACCAUAUCCAUGCCUAUUUAAUUCUUGAGCAAACAUUUGGCCGGAAACCUGCCCACAGAAAGAAAGUAGCAGGAAAUUUCCACUGUGACCAUAAACACCUUUGAAAACUUUUUUUUUUUAAAGAACAAACAAGAAUACUUACAAAAUGUAAAAGACUGGCCAAGCAAGAGGCGGCAGCAGGCUCUUGGCAGCAGCCUGCAGCAUGAGCUGGCUUGGCUCCUGGUGUCCAAGGGGACAGAACAUGUCACAGGCUUGGCAGGCAGAGAGCUGAGGACAGGCUGUCCUGGAGACAGGGAGCGGGGGUGGGGAGGCAGGACAGAGGGUAAUCCACUAGGUUCCUCCUCUGCCAGCCUGCCCUCUGGGACUCUGGCUCACAAAAGCAAAGGACAAGGGGCUGAGUUCUGUCCCCGCUAGGGGGCCCUCUGCUAAGGACUCAACUGAUUUGGAGAGGUGCAAGCCCAGGGAUAGAGCCAGGUGACUCAGAGGCCCUGUAGCCAGCACCUGGGCUGACUGAAGCUAGGACUGCCUGGAAAUGUCCCUCAGUCCAGCUGCCUCCCCCUUGUGGACAGCUCGAGCUGAAUGUCCCCAAGUGUCCUACGUGGUAGGUGGCCUUUUACGGAGGCGGAUGGAUCUGAGCACUUAACGCUGGGAUCAAGAGUGGCUGAUUACAAAAUCAGGCCACUGAUGGGUUUGGUAUAGUCCUGAGUGGGAUUAAGGGUGCCCCCACCUGGUGUGACGCCACCCAACCCAAGAUUGGGGCACCCUGGGCAAAACCAAAGGGACAGAAAGCAGGCUUGUGCAUCACUUUCGCUUGCUGCCUGCUGCCUCCUGGCUGCCCAUCUUUGCUAUGGUCGUUCUUUGCCAGGGCCACCUGCUGUGCAGUCAGUGACUACGGACUGAACCCACUCCCAAGUGUGGGUUGAAAUAAACCUUUUCCCCUUC